ACAUUUAUUCUCAGCCGAAAGCCCAUAACAAAGAUUUACCAAUUUUUUUUUUCAAUUUUUUAUUUUUUUGAUCUCUAACAAUAAAUCGAAAGACAUUCCCCCAGUUCCAGCAAUGGGCUUUGUGGUUCACUCACUAUCAACAUCAACAUCAAAAUCUCUUCUAUAAACCCUUCAUUUCCAUAAAUUUUCUCCCAAAAUCCAAGACCCCAUCUCAAAUUUCUCUGUGAAAACAUACACUUCUUCCAAAUCUAUAUUCCCAAUUCAAUCCUCUCUCUCAAAACCCCUUUCAUUUUCUGAAUCGAUCUAAAACCCCCUCAUUUCACUGUUGUUCUUCAACAGUUGGAAUUCCUCUUUGGAGUUGCAUGAUGAUGUCUAGUUAUGGUGCUGGAUUCUUCCUCGUUUUUCUGCUUUUUCUCGCUGGUUUAGCUACUGGAAAUGAAUUAAGUUUCACUCAAUCAAAUGGGUCUGUAGCAGAGAUGGUGCCACUGAUUGAGGAAGGGAAAAUGAAGAUUAUAGAGAUGAAUGAGACUAGAAGGAAACUGGGGAGCUUCCAAAUAUGUGCUCCUUGCACUUGCUGUGGUGGAGCUAAGGGCUUGUGUUUGCCUUCUCCUUGUUGCUAUGCCAUCAAUUGCAACAUCCCCAAUAGGCCAUUUGGUUUUUGCUCAUUCACUCCCAAAUCUUGUAAUUGCUUUGGAUGCAAUCUCUAGCCUAUAUAUAUAUAUAUCUAUAGAUAUACAUCUCUCUCUGAAAUUUCUUUGGAUAUAUAUGAUAUUAUUGGUUAGAUUUGGAGUUAGGGUCAUUUGUCAUCUCUGUUGCUCUGUUCCGAAAAGGAUUGAUUUCAAGAAAUCUCUCCUAAUAUUUAAUUUUUUUUGUCUAUAGUUGAAUGGAAUUACGUUUCUCUCAGACCUUCUUAGUUCCAGGAUUUAUCCUAGAGUUAUGAAAUUAGUCGUUCCUGAAGAUAGGAUUGUGAUGUUUGGUCACCAUUUUUUCUUUUCUUUUUUUGCUGUAUUUCAUUUGUUAAUGGAGUUGUUGCUUUUUGUUUAUUCUGUUGUAAUUGAGUGCAAAUUGCAGUACAAAUUCGGAUGAUAGAGUAUGUUUAGAAGAUGAAUGAUAUGGAAGACCUUGAUGUUGUAAGAUGAUGUAUAGAUUUCCGUGAAGUGACGUGUUUGUUCUCGUUGUAAAAAUUGUUAGCUUAUUCAAA